AUGAAGUAUCCAGCUCCUGACCGGCUACAGCAAGUCCAUCUUGGAAUCGCCCCCAAGGGCUUCGCACCCGUAACUUCCUACCAGGGAGGAAAAGACCUGUGCGAGCAAGAGCAUGAGACACUGCAAGCCAGCCUCCUACGAUUGUGUCCCUCUCGUCUCUGGUACCAUGGCUCCCACGGUGCCUCUUGCCCUCGGCCUAUUCUGAUCACACCGGAGCACCAGGAACAGCUGUUCACCCUCCACACUGCUCUAGCGGCUGCCAUCACCGACAUUGUUGAGCGUUGGUGGACCGACUCCGAGGCGAGAUUUCCAGAUCGACAGUGGCUCGAGACUCAAGGCCUCCCCUACCGCGAUCAUCUGGGCUCAUGGAGACCGGAUUUUCUGGUUGAAGAGGGUGCAAGGGUAGAGAAGUUUCGCAUCACCGAGAUCAAUGCCCGGUUCUCCUUCAAUGGAUUCAUGCACCAGGCCUACGGGCAAACGGCGCUGGAUGCUCUCGGUGUGGGGAGACAUGGGAUCACGCACGCGACGGACUCGGCAGAGAUCCUCGAAGGCCUGCUUGGCCUCUUUCGGCCCGAGCUUCCAUUGCAUCUGCUCAAGGGCGUGGAGCCCGGAAUCGACAUCCACAUGUUCAUUGAUUUCGUCCAUCGGCAUCUGGGCGCCCGGCCACGGCUCAUCACCCCCGCAGAUCUGAGGCUGCUGCCCGAUCCGGAGCUCGAGAAUGGGUACCGGCUCUGCUGCUUGACGAAAGCUGCGGGCACAGCGGGCCUGCCCUCAUCCCCUGGCUUCGUCACCAGCGAAGGAGAGGUCGUGGAGGAAAUACAUCAGGUCGGGCUCGAGCUCCACCAGCACGAGCUGUUCGCCCUGCAGCCGGAAUUGCUCCGUCAGAUUAGCACCCGGUGCUUCAACGACAUGCGAACCAUCCUCCUCGCCCACGACAAGCGCAUGCUGGGCAUCGUGCAGCAGGAGGCUCCAUCGUUGGUGGCGAGGGGAGUCCUGACCCCCGCAGAAGGCGAAGCUCUCAAAAAGGGCAUCGCCGACACCAUUCUCCCCGGAUCCCAGGAGCUGAACGAGCUGAUCCAGCUGUGUGCGGACGACGAGCAGCGGCGCAAAGAGUACCUUCUCAAGCCGAUACGGGGUGGCAAAGGUGCUGGGAUCAUAUUCGGGGAUGAGAUGAGCGCCAGUGAGUGGAGGGCCACCUUGGAGCGCCUACACGACCCCGCCAUUAUCCCCGGCGUCACCAGUUAUGUGGUCCAGCGGUGUGUGAUUCCCAUCUUGUACGAGGUUAUCCUGAAUUCGUCCGGGAAUCACGGUCGAUACCCGCUCAUUGGGACUUACCAUGCGGCGCAAGGCCGGUUUUUGGGUCUUGGGACCUGGCGAAGCAGCCCGGAUCGGAUCUGUGCGGUCAGUAAUGGAGGGUCAUGGAUUUGUUCUGUCAUGAAGCAGUAG